AUGCAACUGGAAGAAUUAAUUCUGAUUGAUAAAUUAGAAGAUCAAAUCAUUGAUCAUCCUGAUGCUUCUACUAAAAAAGAUUUAAAUGAAUCACUCGAUGAAACAUUUCAAAAAAAAUUAAACGCCAGAGCUCAACAAAUUAAAUCAACCAACAACAAUAGCUACAAUAAUACCUCCACUAGACAACAAUCUAAAGGUCAACAUAGGAAUUCAAAUCAAGAUUCUUCUUCUUCUUCUUCUUCUACCUCGUCAGGUGGUAUCAAUUAUCAAUUUCUUAUUACUAAAUCACAUUUAAAUUACACAUAUACUGAUUAUAAUUCAUUAGAACAAGAAAUUUGUGAAUGGUUUUCAAUAAAUGAUUUUAAAUCACUUGGUGGGUUAAAUAAUCUUAUUCUAAAUUAUACUAAUGACCUUAACAACAACAACAACAAAGCAAGUAUAACUGAAUUGAUACAAAAUUUACACGCCAACCACAAAAUUGAUGAUCUAUCUACUAAUACAUUACAAACAAUAUUAUAUUAUAGUUUUGGUGAAUAUGGUGAUAAAAAAUCUAAAUCAGAUCAACUUGAUAGUAUUAAACGAAAUAAUUUACAACUCAUAAAUGAUAAACUAUAUCAACCAUUAAUUAAUAUAAUUCAAAAUUUCUUUAAUGAUAGAAUAUCUCAUGAUAAAGCUACAACCAAUCACCCAGAAUCAUCCACAUUAUCAAUAAGACAACAAGAACCAAUUUAUUUUAUUAUACUUACAUUAAUGUAUUUUAUGAUUAAUGUUAGUUUAUCAAUUGAUCAUGAUAACAAUACUAUUAUUAGAAGUGAGUUUAAGAAAUAUUUGAAAGAAACAGAUUUUUUAACUUCAUUAUUAACAUUUAUUGAACAUUGGAAAUGGCAUCCUAAUAAUUGUUAUCGUAUAAGAUAUUUAAUAUUAAUGGUUAAUAAACUCAUUUUUUUAGAAUUGGGUGAUUCAAAUCAUAUGAAACAAUGUGAUGAAUUUUUAGUCAAAUUACAUCACGUUAAAAAUAAACCAACAAAAGAAUCACUGGAAUCAAAUUUAACUUGUUCACCAUUAGAUUAUUUUGUUUUCCGACAAGAUUUAAUUGAUAAAUAUCCACUUUAUGAUGAAACUGAAUUAAAACCUUAUGAUUUCCGUAAUUUAAAAAAGUCGUUGGAUAAUGAUGAUGAUACUACAAGUGACACAUCAAGUAUUCAUAGUCAUUCUAGUACUAUUGAAGGAAAGUAUAAAUAUUUUAUGGCAUUACACAAUUCAUCCAAUUCUCUUUCUAAUUUAAUUGAAACUCCCAAGACUAAUAAAUCACAUACUAUUUUCGGUCAAUUACCUACUCAAACAGUACAUUUAGCUACUCCAGUACCUUCACCAACUUUGGCAGCAUCAGAUUAUAUGUCUGGUGGAGAAAAAAUUCGUAAAUCAUAUCAAGUUAAUCAAGCCAUGCCCAUGAUUUAUCCUAUUACUAACAAUUAUAACGGUGAUGGCGUUAUACCAUUAGCAAUGAGAGAAGCCGAUGAAAUAUUGAGAAAAUCUAUUUAUGAAAGUUAUUCUAUUAAAAGAUUAUGGAAUGAACGAGAUUAUUUUAUGAAACAAGAACGGGGAUAUGCCGAUGGGUAUGAUAAAACUACCAAAAAUGAUGAUGAUGAUGAUGAUGAUGAUAAUGAUGAAUUUGAUUAUAAUUUUAAUGAAUUGAGACAAAAAUAUCCUGAAAAAACUCUGGUGAUUGAUACUUUAGAAAGAAUUGAAACUUUAUAUUCACAAAAUUUAUGUCGAUUGAAUACUAUAGUUGAAGUUUUUAUUGAAACCAUUAAAGUGAAUCGAUUAGAUUAUAAUUUAAAUUUUGCAGAAUUGGAAUUAAAUUCAAAAACCAAGUCUGGUCAUCGUGAUGAAACAAUUCAAAAAAAAAUUGAAAUGGUAUUAAUACUGCAAUUGGAAGUUAAUAAUGCCAAAGAAUUAACGUUAAAAGCCACUUCAAGUUUAAUUUUAAAUUUAUUAAAAUGGUUUAAAAUAAGUCAUAUAUUGAAAUCAUAUUAUUUUUCAUCAUUAUUAUUUGAUCAACAAUUUUUUGCAAUUUCUUUAGAAUAUCUUAGUCGAUGUUUUAAUAAUGCUAAUUUACAAAGUAUGAUUACUACUACUAAUUCUAGACAAAAAAAGGAUGAAUUAACUGAAUAUGAAAUAUUAAUUAAUCAAAAUAAAUUAAUGAAUCCCAAAAUAUCAUUACCAAAUGGGAAUUUUUUCGAUAAUUGUUUAUGUUUAUCAUUAACCCAUCAAGAAGUUAAAUACAACGAUUUUAAUUUUAUUAAUAAAAUUUUCAUACUGUCAUUACCUGAUAAAUUUGAUUCUAAUAAUAUUAAACAUGUUUAUAUUUCAAAUUUUAAUGAUAAUUUUGCUCAUAUUUUGAGUGAUAUAUUAAAUAUUACUAACAAAAUAUUAAUUAAAAAUCAAUCACAACGAAUAUUUACAUUUAAUGAUUUAAAACCUUCAGAAUUAUAUAAAAUGAUAUUAAUUAAUUAUGAUUGUCAAUCAUUUAAUAAACCAAUAUUGAAAACUUUGAAAAAAUUAAUACCUUAUCAAGGUCGAAAAUGGAAAUCUUCUAAUAUGGAUUUAAUUAGUCAAAUUUAUUUAAAUUUAAAAUUAUCAAUGAAAGAUAAUUGGUUGAGUGGUAAAGAUUUAGAAAGUGAUUUCAAUAAUUCUUAUGAUCAAGAAAUUGCUCUUAGAGGUUUAUUACAAUUUUAUAAUAUGAGAAAUUAUCCUUUACAAAUGAAUAAAAUUGGUUAUAGAAUUAAUCAUGAUAUAAUGAAUAUUCCUCAAUUGGAUUUAAAUGAUAUGAAUAUAUAUGAUGAUGAAUAUGAUGAAGAUUAUUAUGAGGAAGAUUAUUAUGAAGAAGAUAAUGAUGAUGAUAAUAAUACCAAUACUAAUACUAAUACUAAUACUAAUGAUACUAACGAUAAUAGUAUUCAAGAUGGUGAAUUCAUUUAG